AGUUGACCCCCGGGAUUUGUUUGAUUGUGAAAGUCGUUGGCGGAAGCACAUCCCGUGCGCCGUCGAGGGCGGGCACUCGUUCCGGCGUGCGCACUUGAUGGCCGGCCGCAGAUGUCGCUUGCUGUGUGUUGACUCGUCGUCUUGUCGAACGCCACGGCGUGAUGUAAAGCGAUGCUGUGCCUGCAAGAUGGCUCCGGUCCCGCUGCGUUACUUCUGCUGCGGCUGCGUGGUGACGUCGGCCGCGUGGACCGUGCUCCUCUUCCUCUACUUCUCAUCGACGGCCGAGCCGGGCCUCGGCAGGACCCCCGUCGGGCCGCGUCACCGGAACGUCGGCAAGGAACCGGCCCGGCGAGGGGCCGACGACGUGAGGGCCGCCGUCGGGCUCUCGCCGGAAAUGGGUAUGAUCUUCAAUGAGGCCGACCAGGAAGUGCGAGACGCUGGCUACCAUCAACACGCCUUCAACGUGCUCAUCUCGCGCCGCAUCGGUCCUCACCGCCAGCUGCCCGACACCAGAGACCAGAGGUGCGGUGACGAGGCCUACCCUGACCAUUUGCCAUCUGCCAGCGUGAUCAUCUGCUUCUUCAACGAGGCCAUCUCCGCUCUCACCAGGACCGUCCACAGCGUGUUGGACCGGACCCCCGCCCACUUCCUCCACGAGAUCAUCCUGGUGGAUGACCACAGCGAGCUUGUCGAGCUGAAGGAAGACCUGGACAGAUACGUCCGAGAACAGCUGCCCCGGAACGUGAAGGUAGUCCGGAACCAGAGGAGGGAAGGCCUCAUCCGAGGGCGCAUGAUCGGAGCCAACCACGCCACCGGUGAGGUUCUGGUUUUUCUGGACAGUCACUGCGAGGUAAACCAGGUGUGGUUGCAGCCCCUGUUGGCGGCCAUCCGGGCAGAGCGCCACACGGUGGUCUGUCCCGUCAUCGACAUCAUUUCUGCCGACACGCUGGCCUACUCGCCGUCCCCGGUGGUCCGUGGCGGCUUCAACUGGGGGCUGCACUUCAAGUGGGACCCGGUGCCCGCCGCCCAAGUGGCCGGGCCUCGGGGCGCCAUCGCCCCCAUCAGGUCUCCCACCAUGGCAGGCGGUCUGUUUGCCAUGGACAGGAAGUACUUUGGCGAGCUGGGCCAAUAUGACGCUGGCAUGGACAUCUGGGGCGGCGAGAACCUGGAGAUCUCCUUCAGGAUUUGGAUGUGUGGUGGGCAGCUGCUGAUCAUCCCGUGUUCCCGCGUCGGUCACAUCUUCCGGAAAAGGCGACCUUAUGGCUCCCCGGGCGGCCAUGACACGAUGGCCCACAACUCCCUGCGCCUUGCUCACGUCUGGAUGGACGACUACAAGGAGCACUUCCUAUCCUUGCGUCCCGAGCUGCGUGAGCGCGGCUUCGGCGACGUUAGCGAGCGUUCGGCACUGAGGAAACGUCUGCAAUGUCGCUCGUUCCACUGGUACCUGGACAAUGUGUACCCCGAAAUCAACAACAAGCUGCAGGCACCACCGUUGCUUAGCAACAAGAAGGCUGCACGACCCCGUGUGCUGCGCAGAGGACGGCUGCAGAAUGUGGCCAGCGAACGAUGUUUGGUGGCACAGACACGAGUCAGCCAGAAGGGUGGUGCAGUCGUGCUGAGAGCCUGUGACCACAGCGACCCCGAACAGGAGUGGACGUAUGACGACGAAGGUCAGCUGAUCCUGUCUAGCCUGCUGUGUCUGGACGUGUCAGAGGUCAGGACCUCUGACCCGCCCAGACUCAUGAAGUGUCACGGGUCAGGGGGGUCACAGCAGUGGAGCCUGGGGAAGUCUGCGCGUGUGUACCAGGUGUCUGUUGGUCAGUGCCUGUCCGCCGUGCAGCAGCUGGGAGUCAAAGGUCACGUUACCAUGGCGAUAUGCGACGCCUCGCAGCCGCAACAAUGGCAGAUGGAGGAUGGCGGAGCUUGACAUGGUCAUGUGACAAUCCACUCAUUUUUAAGAUGAUUUUAUAUAUAUAUUUUUAUUUUUAUUGCUUUAUCUUUCAUAAUAAUGACCUUUGACCCUGGCAUGGAAGGGUUCUUGUAAAUAUAUUAAGUUUAUUCCUCACCUGUGAUUGGCUCAAAUCUGGUGUGAGGUCCUGCAGACCUGACAGGACUAAACACACACACGCGCACACACGCAUACACGCAUACAUGCACCCAGAGGUGUCAAUCACGCAAUGUUUUGUCAAAUGAAACGCAUCAAUAAAGUUUGUCUGGAUUCUUUGAAUGUGAA